AGUUGUGUUCAGUCGCGUGUGGCGUGCAUGUAUCGCUGCGAGGAUCCUCUUAAUACAGUUUUAAACAAUAUAUUUAAUUUGAUUAUUUGAUUUGAUUAUUUAAUUUGAUAUUCUCAAAUUAAAACCGCAAAAUAGUGAUGGAAUCUAGAGAUCUUCCAUACUUUCUUAUAGCAAUUAGUGUACUCAUUGGCUUAAGUGCUGUUGCAAAUGCACAAACGUGCCUUACUCCAACUGGCUCCUAUGGCACUUGCGUACCAAUUCAAUCCUGUCUUGAAAUUGCAAAUGAAAUAAGAAGAUAUAAUGGAUAUCUCCCGCAGAGUUUAAAAGAUCAAUUAAUACAACUUCGUUGUCCUGGACCUUCACCGAAUGAUAUUAACAUUUGUUGUGAUUCUUUACCAAAUAACGGUGGAGAUGAUUAUGAAAGUUCCUUAAAUCAAUAUGGCUUACAAAUUUUAAAUGACCUCAAAUGUGGAGUACCUAAUGGUGAUCGAGUUGCGUUUGGUGAAAAAGCUAAACUUGGUGAGUUUCCUUGGAUGGCUUUAAUAAAAUACAAUUCAGUUGAUAAACCAUAUAAAUGUGGUGGUACGUUGAUAACCCAUCGACAUGUAUUAACUGCUGGGCAUUGCUUGUCAGCAACCUAUAAUAUUGUUGGUGUACGUCUUGGGGAACAUGAUAUGAAUACAGAUCCUGAUUGUGAGAAAAGAGGCCGUAAAUUUGUAUGUAUGCCACCUGUGGUCGAAUAUGGCGUUGAAAAAAUUAUAUCGCAUCCAGAUUAUAAGAGACGAACACUGGUUAAUGAUGUUGCGAUCAUUAAACUGAAUCGUGAUGUUGAAUUUAAUAAACAUAUAAAACCAAUUUGUUUACCUAUAACUAAGCGUUCAAUAGAACUGCAAAGCGAACAGCUUUAUUUAGUUGCUGGUUGGGGUACAACUGAAAAUAGUACGAGUUCUUCAGUGUUAAUGAAAGGUUUAGUUAAACACCAGGAGUUGGGGGUUUGUCAAAAUGUGUUUAGACGCAUGCGACUAACUAAUGAACAUUUAUGUGCUGGGGGAGAAGGUCGUAUUGAUGCAUGCAAAGGUGAUUCUGGUGGACCAUUAUUUUUCAUGGCGCCGUAUAAAACAAGUAAUCGGUAUGUGCAGUUCGGUAUUGUCUCAUUUGGUGUGGCUGCAUGCGGCUUGGAAGAAGCAUUACCUGGUGUUUAUGCCAAUAUUAUACCGCUGAUGCCUUGGAUUACAUCAAAUUUAACAUAGUUAUGUUAAUAAUAAUAUAGUUUUUAAUAAAAUAAUUUAUUAAUAGCUUUAAAUGAAAUAUUAAAACCAAACA